GAACUGAACCCCUCGUUUCAUUGGUGAAAAUAAAACGAACCAGGAGCUAUUCGGAAGUGAGAUUGGCUGUUGCUAGGUUCCCUCCCAAGGCCGUAUGGGUUUUGGCUACGGAUGCCGAGGAGGGCUGAACGCGGGCUCUGCCCCCACGGAAGUGAGCCACAGAGGCCCCGUUAGCGUUGGAGAGGAGGUGUCUCGGGCCUAAUGGCGACCGCGGAAGGUAGCGGCAGCGACGAGCAAGGGCAGGGGGUCGAGACUUCUGUCACAUAUUACCGGUUGGAGGAGGUAGCGAAGCGCAACUCCUCGGAGGAUCUGUGGCUGGUGAUCCACGGACGAGUCUACGAUAUCACCCGCUUUCUCAACGAGCAUCCUGGUGGAGAAGAGGUUUUGCAGGAACAAGCUGGUGCAGAUGCAAGUGAAAGCUUUGAAGAUGUAGGCCACUCCACUGAUGCCAGAGAAAUGCUAAAGCAGUACUAUAUUGGUGAUGUCCAUCCGAGUGACCUUAAACCUGAAAGUGGUAGCAAGGACCCUUCAACAAAUGAUCCAUGCAAAAGCUGCUGGGCGUAUUGGAUUUUCCCCAUCGUGGGUGCUAUUCUCUUAGGCUUCCUGUACCGUUAUUACACGUCGGAAAGCAAAUCCUCCUGAGGACAUCUGGUUGACGUCUGAAAAGCACAUCCACUUGGGAGUGAAAACUAGAGACUUGCUUGGGGGCUGCAGCAGUACCCUCUCCUCAAAUCCUGCCAGUUGUAUUCUUCCCCCUUGGAGCCAAGAUGAUUGACCAGACAUCCACCUCAGAUCUGGGACCAGUGUCCUUCACUCUCAGAGCCUUACUCCCAAAGCACCUGCUCACUGUUCUGUGUCCUUGCCAGUGUUUCUUCUGCUGGUUUCCAUGAAUACCCUUACAUUUCAAACCUUUAUUCAUCACUGCAGUUCGUAUGUUGUAGUGACAUUGAUCUUUGGUAAAAAUGCUAGCUUUCCAAUGCUUUGAAUGCACAUUAGACAUUCUUAUCAGGGUGUGAUCUAGUGUUGAAGCCUUUUGUUUUCCAUUUUUCUUUUAAGUUAUUUUAAAAGUUCUGACUUAAUUCUGUUAUCAUAAGGAAUUUAAUUCAUAAAGUUAUGUACCCAUUACUUAAAACAUAACUGCCAAAUGAUGUUUGUUCCUUGUUUGUAUGUGGUAAACCUACAAAGAACUGUGUGGUCAUCGCCUCCCUCCAAGCUAGUGGCUCUUCCCACUCCCUAAGUCCAGCCCCUUUCCUUCCCAAGUGGUGCUGGACAAAACUAAGUUUCCCUUUUACUUCUUGGGGAUGGAAAGAAAUAAGGACAGGAAGGAAUGAAUAGGAAUGUCAGAAACCUGGUGAAUUCAGAGUAAUCUUUCUUUUAAAAAAUAUUGAAAAAUACUACUUUAGGAUAGGAGUUUAGAAAAAGCACCAAAGCUUUCACUUUGGCGCCAGUUUCUAGCCACUUUUCCUCCCCCCAUCACAGCUGUCUUUUAUUGGUAAAAUCUAAUUGUAUGAUUAUGUCUGAAGUGCUUUACCCAGGAUUUUCCCUCUUUUUUGUUUAUUGAUUAGUAAAUUUUUAUUCCACAUUUUUAAAAAAUAAGAUUUUGACAAAUUUGACUUUCUGUUUGCCCCAGUAAAAUAAGAUCCAUAUAAAAUGGUAUUUGAAUGUGAGAGAUCGUGACAGGAGAUUUUUUUUCCAUUUCAUCUGUAUUUUACCUCCGUGGCUCCAACUUGUGGUUUUGUUUUGUUUUUCUGUUGAGAAUAAAAAAACUGAUAGUUUUUUUCUUGGAUGUGUGUUCCUUGAGAAGUAGGUUAUUCUUUAGAACUACACUACUGUUAUUGAUUCAGUGAUCUCUCUGGCAGUUUGGACUUUUUUUCCCCCUGUGGAAGCACCUGAGGAAACAGUACACUGACUGUUUUCUGCCAGCAGCUGUGGUGAUUUUUCUCCUCAUCCUUUGAGGGUUACCAGUCUGCUUCUGAGCCAUUGUCAUAUCCAGCAGAGAGCAGCUUAGUUCAAGAAGGACCAUAGAUGCUGCUCGGUAUCUCCUCCCUCCCUUCCAGCUUGCCAGAGACCUGACGAGACAGGAAACUGCCCAGCAAACCAGUGUUUGCCCAUGCACACUAUUUAAGAAAAAGUUCAACCCAGGUCUUGUAUCCUGUGAUUUAGCAGUUGAGUGAAUUCAGAGUUCACCAAAAUAAUAUUAACCUUGUAUCUGCACACUUGGAUAUAUUUUGGAGUAAUUUUAGGAGAUUUCUGGCUGACUUUUACUAUUAUCAGGGAUAUAGGUUUUGUAAAACUUUUAUCUUUCAAAAACGUUUGUAUGUGUUAUAAGAUACCACUUCAAGACUAUUGAAAAAAAAAUUAUGUCACAAAAGUGUGACUUGAUACUUCUCCAUAUAAAAGGCAAGGAAGGGUUCCUUGAGUAAAGAUUGGUGUAUAAUUGCUGUAAUAAAUAUGUUGCAUGAUUAUGUGGAGUACCUUGGAGUCGAAGUAAAGAACAAAGGAGUAUUGAGACUAUAGAAAGGGAAUAGUCACACUAAAAUUAAACCAGAAGAUAACUGGAUUCAAUUGUAAAAGUGUGCUGGCUGGCUCCAGAACUAAUGAGAAACAUCUGGCUUAUAAGAAAUGUUAAAGAGCUAUAGUCUUAAGUAAAAUGGGUGUUUUUGAUAGUUUUAGGGUAAACAACAGUGCAAAAAGCAUGUUUUUCUAUUUCAUGUUGGUUUUCUUUUCCUAUUUAUAUCUGGACUUGUUUUUUACUAAGAGCCAGAGGGAAAAGAUUUUCAGACUUCAUCUUUACCAUCCAUGAAAUCCAUCCAGAACCCAGGGCUUCUUUUGAACUACUGUUAAUGUGAUGUCACUUGUAUUGUGAAAACCACUCUUGGGUCCAUUUACUAUUAUUCUGCUGCCUACAAAAACAGCCAGGUGAAAGGUAGAUUUUGUGUGAGCCUUUGGAGAGGUUUUUCUGAACAAUAAUGUAAUACAGUACGCUAGCCAAAUCCAUCAAAAAGGACUUUGUUUAAGAAGUAGACUUGAAUUCUUGAAACAGUCUUGACAUGGGUAGGUUGUGAAAGCCCCUCUGGAGAGCAAGUGGAGCCAGUCCCCAGUUGGCUGACAGCGUCCCUGGAGCUGGUCUCUGGGGUGCUUGGUUGUUUAUUGCUGAGGAGGACUAGUGCUGAAACCGUACUAUGCAGCACAAUGGCUGGUGAACACAGAAGGAGGAGGUGAGGGAAAUUUUGUGCCACCAAAAUAGAUGUUGGUGCCCAUUCUCCGAAAUGACCUAACCCCUGACUCUAGGAAUUGGUUUUAGUUUCCAAAUGAUUUCUACGUUUGUACAGAUAGGAAAGUGGUAGGGUCAAAGUUUAUAUUGUGUUUGGAUCUCCUUGUGACCUCUUAAGCAAAAACAAAAUCCGUUUAAAGCUAUCAUUUGAGCCUGUCAAGUUCUUUUAGCAGAUGUCAUAAAUGCAUAUGUUGUGAAAUAAGAACACUGUUGCAUUUAUACUCAUUUAGUUCCGAUGUGGUGCAAUGAAAAGUGCUUUACAGGCCAGACAUAUCAUUACUUAUGGUAGCUCAUGCUUUAAAAUCUCAAGUGAUAUCUAUCUGUUUAAAUUCCAUUUUGGGAGGUUGAAAUGCAGAACAUUUCCUACCCCAGGAGAAAUGGAUUCAGACAUGUCUUGUCUCAACAAGAAAUUGAUUUUCUUUUUUAACAAUCUCAUUCUGUUGCCAAAUAUCACAGAAGUACUGGGGAGUUUAGUCACAUUUGGCUGUUGUGCUCUGAAAGAGCCAGGUUUGGAAUUUGUGGGGGUGGUCAAGGAGGGAGGUUCCAAAGAACCAGAGAAGUAUUGUCAAGUUACCUACCCUGAAUCCAGCAUCUUACUCAUGAGUUUCAGUAGCUGCUCUUUGCUCAUGCCUGUAUCCUACAUUUGCUAUUUGGGCAAACCAUUAUUUCUAUUAUUUAGCUUCCUUUAUUUUUACUUCACCCUUGACUGUGAACAAGUAAUAUUAGCAUUCCUUUUGUGUAUUCAAUAAUGGGGUUUGUUUACCUAUUUUAUUUCAGCAUAUUUUGAACAAAGAUCUUUGUCUCUUUCUGCUGGAAUGCGCACACAGUGAAAUGUUUGUUAGAACGACACACAAUAAAGAUACUGUUUUCCUUUUCUUGCCCUG